CCUAUCAGGCACGGGGACUGCGGGCUGACUGAGUGAAAGCGAGUUUCCAUAUGAGUGCUUGAAUUUGUUUGGCCGGUUUAGUGGGCUGCUCUAAAAAUACUCCUCGGGGCGAGCAGGGCAGGUCCUGUAUCGAGUUCUAGCUGAGUUAGCUGCGAGAGAACCUCGGACAGCUGUUGCGCACCGGGCUUUUGGGACAGAAACGGGGGAAAUCUCGCUCUUUGUAGACUCUCCGCUGGCCCUCAGAUAGCGUACGGAUGGGAGACCCUUGCACAGAAUCCAACAGCAUGGCUGAGUCGGAUUCGAAGCCGCCGUCUGCGAGCAAGAAUGGGAAGGGAGAGGGAGGCUCGGGACACUCGUUCUUUACCUGGUUCAUGGUUCUGGCUCUGCUGGGCGUCUGGACCUCUGUGGCCGUGGUAUGGUUCGAGCUCGUCGACUAUGAUGACGUGCUGGCCAGGGCAAAGGAGUUCCGUUAUAACAUUUCAGAGGUAUUACAAGGUAAACUGGGAGCCUACGAUGCUGAUGGCGAUGGUGACUUUGAUGUGGAGGAUGCCAAAGUGCUUCUAGGACUGAAAGAGAAGCCGUCUAUCCUGGUGGAAAGAAGGGCGGAGCCCGAAUCGCUGGUCGAAGAACCAGAAGCGGAGCCUGAGCCAGAGGUGGUCGAGGAGAUGAUCCAGCCCAGCCACGCAGAAGAGGCGGCCUGGCCCUUUCCAGAUCCAGUGGAGGAGGAGCCCGUGGUCUUGGAGGAGGUGGAGCCUGAGGGAGAGGAAGAACCAGUCGAAGACGAGGCAGCUCCCGAGAUCGAAAUCUCGGAGGAGCAAGUUGAAGAGGCACAGGUGGACUGGGAGUCUGAGCUAGAAGGAGAACCUGAAGUGGCCGAGGCCGAGGAGUCUGCUCCUGCUGAGGAGGAUGAAGAUGACUCUCUAAGUGAGGAUGCUGGUGAAAACCAAGAUACUGCAUCGGUUCCAGAAGGCGACGAUGAUGUCUAUGGAUCUCAGAGCAUGGAUGUGGAAUCUGAAAUCCAAGCCGCUGUGCCCCUUCCUGAGCUAGUGGAGGAAGAUUCGGAUUCAGAGGACCACACUGAAGAUGCUAUUGAUACAAUUGGAGAAAUUGUUGAGGAGGCAGUGCCUGAGGAAACAGAAGAAGAGCUGGAUCAUGAGGAAUUACUUGAAGUAGACCAAGGAGAUGAACCCACUCGAGAAGAUGAGAACCCUCAGGAAGCAGAAGAAGAACCAGCUCCUGCAGAAGACCAACCAGUGGAGAAAGUACUUGUAACAGCUGAGGCCGCACAGGAGCAGAAGCCUAAGGAGAAAGUUAAGAAGAAGAAGCCGAAGCUGCUGAAUAAAUUCGAUAAAACCAUAAAGGCCGAGAUCGACGCAGCGGAAAAGCUGCGCAAGAAGGGAAAGGUUGAAGAGGCUUUACGAGCUUUUGAAAGCCUGGUGCAGAGAUAUCCCCAGAGUCCAAGAUCCCGCUAUGGCAAAGCACAGUCCGAGGACGACCUGGCAGAGAAGGUGCGCAGUAACGAGGUCCUGCUGAAGGCCAUAAACACCUACAGGGAGGUGGCGGAGCUGCCCGACCCUCCUGCAGACCUGGUGAAAACCACGCUGAAGAGACGCGCCGAGAGGCAGCAGUUCCUGGGUCGCAUGCGCGGAGCUCUGGCAACGCUGGAAUGGUUGGUGCAGCUUUUUCCGGAAGACAUUUCCCUGAAAAAUGACCUCGGUGUCGGGUUCCUGCUUAUGGGAGACAACAAGAAUGCCAAGAGAGUGUAUGAGGAGGUCUUGGCCGUGGCUCCGAAUGACGGCUUCGCCAAGGUUCACUACGGCUUCAUCCUUAAGUCCGACAACAUGAUAGCGGAGAGCAUCCCGUUCCUCAGGGAGGGGCUGCAGACAGGAGACCCCGGCACCGAUGACGGGCGCUUCUACUUCCACCUGGGCGACGCGCUGCAGAGAGUCGGGGACAGCAGCGCCUACGAGUGGUACGAGCUGGGGCACCAGAGGGGGCACUUUGCGUCCGUGUGGCAGCGGUCUCUGUACAACGUGGACGGGCUGAAAGCGCAGCCGUGGUGGACGCCCAGAGAGACCACCUACACAGACCUCGUCAAGACUCUGGAGAAGAACUGGAAGACCAUCAGGGACGAGGCCCUGUCAGUGAUGGACCCCAGCCGGGGGCUCUUCGUGCCGGAGGAUGAGAACCUGAGGGAGAAGGGCCAGUGGGGCCAGUUCACCCUCUGGCAGCAAGGUAAAAAGGUGGAGAAAUCCUGCCGCAGCGUUCCCAAGACCUGCGCGCUGCUGGACCGCUACCCGGAGGCCACGGGGUGCAAGCGCGGCCAGAUAAAGUACUCAGUGAUGCAGCCGGGCACCCAUGUCUGGCCCCACACCGGACCCACCAACUGCAGGCUCCGGAUGCACCUGGGCCUGGUCAUCCCCGCGAAUGGCUGCCAGAUCCGAUGCACCAACCAGACCAGGGCUUGGGAAGAGGGAAAGGUGCUGAUCUUCGAUGACUCCUUUGAACACGAGGUAUGGCAGGAUGCGAGCAGCUACCGGCUGAUCUUCAUCGUGGACGUGUGGCACCCAGAGCUGACGCAGUACCAGAGACAGACGCUGUCUCCCAUCUAAGGCGCAGGGCUGCUCCGUUUCCACUUGAGGUCAAGGACACUGUCGAUGUUGUUGUUUAUUUUUUCUCCCACACUAUUGAAUCGCUUCCAUGCUGGGGGUCCAAGGGACUGGGGUAGAGUUAGCUGAAGCUCAUGUGAAUUACUGAAAGUGCCUACAGGACCAGCUUUACUUGUUGAUUAUUGUUAUUGGUACUUUAUAUGAUAGAAUAGAAAGUUUGGAAAGGAGGGGAAAUGAAUGCAAAUUACCCAGUGGAAGAACAUUACACGCAUUCUAUGCUUUCAGGGAAGGAGAGGUAACUUGAUUCUUACAUUUCUUUGCUGCCUGGUACACUUUUCAUAAAGCCUUCCUUCCAAAACAGAUGCUGCUAAGAUGAGGAAUGGCUAUUUGCUGCCUCAAGCUGCGUGGCCUUGCAUACGCACGGGCCCUUUUACAGUGUGCAUUGCUGCCAUCAGCGAAAAUGAUCCCUUCACAGUGCGCCAUUCCCUUCACAAUUAAACAUUGGCAUUAGAGUUGUAAUCAAGGCCUAAAUAGAACAGGAAAUCCACAGCCUAGCUGAUGGGAAAUUGUCAUGCUAAACCACGUUCUUCCUCAGUAGACACCGCUUUACUCUACUUGUCAUGGGCAAAUUUGUAUUUAUGUGCCGUCCUUUCUUGUAGAGAUGCGUAAUUUUUGUAUUGAUGAAAACACUACUUAAAAGGGUCAUGGAUUGCAUUUCAUGUAUAGCACAUGAUAAAUUAUGUUUACUGAUGAGAUAUUUCAAUGGUAGAGCACUUUCCAUGUUGUGAUAGUUUACUUUUUAUAGAGGGGAAAAAUGUAGGAGUUGCACAGAUAUUGGGUCGGGAUAUUGAAGUGAAUGGUCACAUUGCCAACUGUUGUUUGCUUUUAAUUUCUGAUGUAAUUUGUGCCUUUGUCUUGUAUGUGAUAUAAUCCCCAUAAGAUGCUGAAGCAAACUUGAAACUUUAAAAAAGCAAAUGUGUUAAAAUAUGAAAUGAAAUAAGACAUAUAUUUUAUAUAUGUAAACUUGUGUCCUGUAUUAUAUACAGUAUAUUAGUUUUUGUCACUUUGUGUAAUAAUGAGAAAAAAUACAGAAGUUGCAAGAACUGUUAUACUAAUAUAAUUUAAUAUAUGACACAUUUCAGACAUUUUAUAUUUUACUAUAGAUUAACAGAUCUUAUGUACACUACACACACAGUAUAUUUAUAGUGAGCUCCAUAUUGGUUGGGUGGGACAAAGACAUUUUUUCUUGAUUUGGCUUUGUACUCCACAAUUUUAGAUUUGUAAUUUAAAAAAUUAACAUUGUUAAAAUACUGAUUCUCAGCUAUUAUUUGAAAGGUAUUUUUAUACAUUUUGGUUUCACAAUGUAGACAUUACAGCACUCUUUAAUACAUACCCCCCCCCCCCCCCCCCAUUUCAAGGCAUCAUAUUAAUGUUAUGUAAAUGAAAGUAGUCGUGUUUAGUACUUUGUCACACAUCCUUUGCAUGCAAUGAUGCAAUGACUGCUUGAAAUCUGUGACACAUAGACAUCACCAGGUGCUGAGUAUCAUCUCUGAACAUCAUCUUCAUGGUCCAGGGGCUGCUUGCCUUAAGAUUUUUCUUCAGCAUAUUAAAUGCAUGUUCACUUGGAUUCAGAUCAGGUAAAUGACCAGGCCAGUCAAAAAAAUUUCCUUUCAAAUAAAAGCUGAGAAUCUGUACUUUAGCCACAUGUAAAUUUUUUAAUUACAAAACUAAAAUUGUGGAAUCUAGUGCCAAAUCAAGAAACCAAUGCCAAAUAUUAUAGAACUCACUGUAUAUACUGGUAUGCAUGCUUUUAUUAUAGCAGAUUUCAUAAGGCUAUUUAGCAAGAAUACAUUGAAUGUACCCAUUUGGAAUUUACUUAUGUCCGUCAUGCCUAAUUGUGACAUCACAGUUCACUGCCUUCAUGUUCAUUGCCUACUAGGACAGUGUGGAAUCAUGGGAUUGCUAAACCUUUGAGCUGCCUGUCCGCCAGCGGAUGUAGUGCCUCUGGUUUAUUUAGAGUACAUAUGCCUUACUGAUCUAUAGAAACAGUGUCUUAUUGUUUAUAAAGUCAUUUUGAUUUCCCAGUUAUAUCAUGCAUGAUUUCAGGUUCAUUUAUUUUCCCUUGUGUUCCAUUGUGUUGCCAUUAUGAGCCACUGCUGUCUUUAUGGGAUUGUCUGAAUAUUAAGAUUUACAAUUGUUCUAGAGUUGCACUGAAUGAUGUCGCCUCAAAAUGGUUUCUAUGGCUGAAUAGCUUUUACAGUGACAUAAACAUGAAGUAGCUUUACUAUUGCUUGCAAAAUCCAGUGAAUGGCAAAAGGCUCUCUCUGACAGUGGCCAAUAGAGAGGUUGGUAAGGUGGGUAUUUUAACUUCGCAGUAUCUACAUUCUCUUUGGAUGAAGAGGGGACUUCACCAUAAAAAAAGGUCCUGUUUUAUUGGUUUGGCUUUUUUCAGAUGACAAGUGACACAAUGCUUCUCACUUGCGUAAAUAAGCACCACUAGUUUGCACAUCCAUGUGUGAAUAUGCCCCCUUUCUUUUUAUGAGAAGGACGCUACCAAAUAAGAACAAGUCAGAGUUAAAUCAACCUCAGAACUUAUGUGGUCCUGAGUUCAGGGCCUCGAUCUGUCAUCCAAGUAAAACUCAACUGUUACUGUGGAUUUUGUUGAUUGAAGUUCAUAGACUUUGCUGAGCCUUCGUACUUCACAGUCUGUAUUGGGAUCUAAAUGCUUUCUUAAGAGAAAUUCUCAGAAGUGGGGAAAAAAGUCUUAUUGAUUUUUGUACCUCUGUGUACUAAAUAAAACAUGUUUCUUCUUA